GCCUCGCGGGCCCCGUACGGCACACGCACCGCGAGACGCCGUGGGGGCGGGGCCACGUCGGGGGCGGGGCCGCGGCCGCGGCGCGCGGGAAGCGCUUGCGGGGGCUGCGGGCCGAGUUCUCGGCCUCCGCGGCUCGUGAUGGCUCUGUCGGUGCCCGGCUACUCGCCCAGUUUCAAAAGGCCGCCAGAGACAUUGCGGCUCCGACGGAAAAGGGGCCGGAGCCUUGGGGCCGCCUCCCCGACCGAGGAGCGGCCCGAGCCGGCGACCCGCCGCGCCGCCCUGACGGCCGGGCUGCCCCUCCGCCCUUUCCCGGCAGCGGGCAGAGGCGGCGGCGGCGGCGGCCCGACCGUGUCCCGAAGGAACCCCUUCGCCCGCCUGGACAACCGGCCGCGGGCCGCCGCCGAGCCUCCCAACGGGCCGUCCCGCGGCCAGCAGGAGGCGCCGGGCCCGUUUUUAGAUUCUAAUCAAGAAAAUGAUUUGCUAUGGGAAGAGAAGAUUCCUGAAAGAACGGCCAUUACUGAAUUACCCCAGACUCCUCAUGUAUCAUUCUCCGAAUCUGAUAUUCCAUCCUCAGAGAGUACUGAGUUACCUGUGGACUGGAGUAUUAAAACUCGACUCCUUUUCGCCUCUUCUCAACCCUUUACCUGGGCAGAUCAUUUGAAAGCACAGGAAGAGGCUCAAGGUGUCAUCCAGCAUUGUAGGGCAACAGAAGUUACUUUGCCUCAAAGUAUACAGGAUCCCAAACUCUCCACUGAGCUCCGUUGUGCCUUCCAGCAGAGCCUUAUCUAUUGGCUCCACCCUGCCUUGUCUUGGCUACCAUUGUUCCCUCGUAUUGGAGCUGACAGAAAAAUGGCUGGAAAGACAAACCCUUGGUCAAAUGAUGAAACCCUGCAACACAUUUUAAUGAGUGACUGGUCUGUGAGCUUUACUUCUCUGUAUAAUCUGCUGAAGACAAAACUUUGCCCCUAUUUCUACGUUUGUACCUAUCAGUUUACUGUCCUGUUCCGUGCAGCGGGAUUAGCAGGAGAUGAUGUAGUCACGGCUCUCAUCUCUCCUACAACUAGAGGUAUAAGAGAAGCUAUGAAAAACGAAGGUAUUGAAUUUUCUUUGCCUUUAAUAAAAGAAAGUGGCCAUGAGAAGAGGAAAGCGUCUGGAACAAGCUUGGGACAUGGGGAGGAGCAAGCAGUCAGCGAUGAGGAUGAAGAAGAAAGUUUUUCCUGGCUGGAAGAGAUGGGUGUGCAAGAUAAAAUUAAAAAACCAGAUGUACUUUCUAUCAAGCUGCGUAAAGAGAUACAUGAAGUACAAAUGGAUCACAGACCCGAGUCUGUUGUGUUGGUGAAGGGGACAAAUACCUUUACAUUGCUAAAUUUUUUGAUCAACUGUAAGAGUUUAAUUGCUACCUCAGGUCCCCAGGCAGGACUUCCACCAACCCUCUUAUCACCUAUAGCUUUCCGAGGUGCCACAAUGCAAAUGCUUAAGGCGCGAAGUGUAAACGUGAAGACACAAGCUCCUUCUGGAUACAGAGAUCAGUUUAGUUUGGAGAUUACAGGUCCUAUCAUGCCUCAUUCUCUACAUUCCCUGACUAUGCUACUCAGAUCUUCACAGAGUGGGUCAUUUUCUGCAGGACUGUAUACACACGAGCCAACUGCUGUAUUUAAUAUCUGCCCACCAAAGGAUAAAGUACUGGAUAAGGAGGCUGUUCAUGAGGAGCUUGCCAACUGUGGAUUGCACCCUAAAACUCUGGACCACCUUAGUCGAACACCGAUACUGGGGAAAUCAUCUUUACGGCAUGUGGAAAUGAGUGACUACAUUUAUAAUUGGAGAUCCUGAACACCAAAGUAAGCCUAAAAGGAAUCUUUGAGGAAAAAAGCCUUCUAGCAAGGAAAUUCAAGAUUCUUUUAUCUUUGGCUUUAAAGUUCACUUUGGAAAUUUAAAGGAAUAUAGCUUUAAAAAUACUCAAAUGUUUACAAACAUUAACCUUUUACAAUACUUUUAUUACAUGCACUAAGCAGUAAAUAGGAUUAAGGUUUCAAAAUCAACAUUUGUUUUUACUCUUUUGAUUAGAUAUUCCGAUAUGAAGAUAAACUUUUUAAAAACUUCAAAAACAAAAAAAAAAACAAAAAACAAAAAACUUCAAAAACCUUGAAUGAAAAUUCUAGAUCCAUUAACCUAAUUAUAAAUUGGGUAGAAAACUGAGUGUUUCCUUGCAAAUGGAAAUUGAGGCUUAGUAUCAAUUAUCUCAUGCCAUUGUGACUAACAGCAUCAGGACAAAACUAUCUUUAACAAUUUCCGUAGGAUUGUUAUUAGCAAGUUCUAGUUUUAUAAAGGUAGAAAACAAAUGUAGACAGUAUCUACUGAGCUGAUUGUUGACGCUUCCACCUUAGUUGUUUUCCUGUUUACAAUUCCUCUAUUCAAAAUACAUAUUACUUGUUUUAAUGCAUGUUAACUCAGAUAAGGGUAUUUUGUAUUCCAUAUAGAAUAGGGUUAAGAGUUGUAAAGUAUGCUCAGCUGUCAUGACAUAGUAUUUAAUAUGUUCUUGUAGGUAUUUGUGUAUGUGCGUGUAUAUAUAUAAUUCAAAUUUUCUUAAAUAAAA